AUGGCUGUCAUGUCGGAUGCGGCCCCUGCCAUCCUACUCGCAUUGGCUGGCUUGGGCGGCCUUGCAACUCUGGUUAUCUAUCGCUUGUUCUUUCAUCCCCUCUCAAAGAUUCCCGGGCCGAAGGCUGCAGCGAUCUCCCGGCUCUAUGACUUCUAUUAUGACUGCAUCCAGGGAGGAAAAUUUGUAUUCAAGAUCGAAGACCUUCAUAAACAAUAUGGACCCAUUGUACGGGUAGGACCCAACGAAGUCCAUAUCCAUGACCCCGACUUUUUCGACGAGUUCUACAACGUUACCAGCCGUCUAGAUAAAGACCCCUGGUACUAUGCUUUUAUUGGGUCCAAAGAUGCCGGCUUUGGUACCUCCAAUGUCGACCUCCAUCGUGCCAGGCGAAAGGCAAUGAGCCGAUUCUUUGCAAGUUCGGCCAUCUCCAACCUGGAAUCGUCGUCGCGAGAAAAGGUGUCGAAGCUUUGCCAGCGACUGAGGAAUAUGCGCGAUGAGGGAAAGCCCGUCAAUCUUUCCAAUGCUUUUCGUUGUCUCGCUGCCGACUCCGUCACCAAUUAUUGUAUGCCAAAGGCCUUUAAUCUGCUUGAUUCCAUUGACUUUGCCGAUGACUACAACCGCCAGGCGCGUGUCAUCUCCCAUAUUGCCGCGUGGCACCGCCAUAUUCCAAUCAUCAUUCCCAUAUUCAUGCGGAUGCCGAGAUGGCUUGUCGCAGCUACCUCAACGGAAGGUGGGGUGAUGGCCUUCGACUUCCAGACAGACCUGGCGCGACAGGCGGCGGACGCCGUCCAUGCAGAAAAGCGAAGUGACAAGUCGGUUCUGGAUGGCAUUAUCAACUCGGACGCCAUUCCAGAGAGCGACAAGACAGUGGAUAGGAUCACUCAAGAGGCCCGGACAUUGGUUGGGGCCGGUAGUGAGACUACAGGAAAUGCUCUGGAGACCAUUACAUUCCAUAUUCUCGCCAACCCGGACAAGCUUCGGCGACUCAAGGAGGAGUUGGCCAGCGCAGUAGAGGCAUCCAAGGACAAGCGAGACGCUUUGACGGAUUACAGCACGCUGCAACGCCUACCUUACCUCACCGCCGUGAUUAAUGAAGGGCUGCGAAUUGCAUGCAGUGUGUCCGGCCGACUUGCAAGGGUCAAUCAUCGCCAGGCAUAUACCUACGGAUCGUACGUGUUGCCUCCUGGGACAGUCAUCAGCAUGGCAAUUCGAAGCAAUCACACGUUUGAGCAAGUGUAUCCCGAACCAUUGUCCUUCAAACCUGAACGGUGGCUGGUGGAUGGCGAAGAGCUGAAGAGACUGGAGAAGUACUUUGUCCCCUUUGGGCGAGGGGGAAGGAGUUGCAUUGGCAAGGAGCUUGCCAUUAUGAACCUUUAUCUGACCAUUGCGAGUUUCUUUCAUGAGUUCGAUGCCGAGCUUUUUGAGACGACGAGGAAGGAUAUUGAGAUUGAGCACGAUUAUUUCUCUCCAUUUCCUGCAGUGGAUUCGAAGGGUUUGAGGGUCGUACUCAAGUAG